CGGAGCUGAAGUCAGCAAGACUGAAGUUACCGCUAAAUUGGCGUAGUAGUGUAUAGCGGAACUGCCAGACAACGUUGCUAGGGUUUAAGGAAACCCUAAACUAUUGGCUGAACCACGACGAAUUGUGCGCGCCUCGUGCGCUGAUCGGGCCCUUGCACAACUGAAGCGCGGAUGCAGGUGCAGGUGCGGAUUUGGCGUCUGAUUGCACAUCUCGCCCGUCGUCAGCAUCAUCUAUGAACACCCGACGCAUUUCGGGCAGCGAGGAAGGUCGGUUUGUGGACCCAAAGCACUCGGCGUCAAUCGGCCGUCGGGUGGCUUGCAUCGGAGACCGUCGUUUGUGACAUUUUUGGACGGAGUGGAAGCUCGUACUCUGGAGUUGGACUUGCAGCAGGCAGCUGAAGUUUAUCCCCGCACUCUUGAUUUUGGAAGGAGCCGCUCUCACCGCCUGGAGCUCCUGCUGGGAACUUCUUCAUUGUGGCGUUAGCCGCUGUAAUGGCUGAUUCUCUAGAUGAUCUUCCUGCACUCGUCCAUUCGCACUGCAUCUUUUUCGACAAAUUGGUGGAGUUCAUUCCUUCCAAAUUUUACAUUCAAAACGAAGAAGCUCAUGACUCCUGGACUUUCAAGAAAAACAAGGCCGCCAAGGCAAUCGCUAAGAUUCAAACCAGAGAGAACCUGAAGAAAGCCAAGCGCAAUCGGCUAGAUCCGGAGCAAUUCAAGUCAACAUUGCAGGUGCUGCAAGAAAAGAAAGAUGAAGAACCCAAAGAGAAGAAUGAUGAAGCGGACCCUGAAGCCAACGAAUCACCUGCAGAUAACGCUGACAGGGCGGUUACUUACGAGGAGCUUCGAGAAAGACUGCAUAAGCGCAUCUCUAUGCUACGAGCAAAGCGACACGCAGAGACUGCGGCUGCAGCUACCAUGAGUGCCCGAAGUUUUCAAAAUGAAAAGAAGAAUGAAGCCCUGAAAAGAAGGCUCAACUCGGCGCCCAAAGAGCCUGGGACUUCAAAAGCUCCAAGCAGGGAGGAGCAACCUUCUAACAAACGGCAGAAGAAGACCAUUGUGCCUGUUGAAAAGGCAGUGAAGCAGGAUGCAGUCGUUGAAACAGACGAGCUGGAGUUUAGUCGUGUCAAGAUGGGUCUUGACAAUUCUGUUCCGGGAUCCAAGAAGAGGAGAAGAGGCACCAAAGAACAACUUCUGAAGAAGGCAACAGAGCUUCAAGAAAAGAUGCAAGAUCCUGAGAAGGGCCAGGAAGUCAUCUCACAACAUUCAUGGGCGGCUGCAGUCAGCCGUGCGGCUGGUGAAAAGGUUUUGGAUAAUCCCAAACUUAUCAAGAAGAGCAUGAAGAAGGAUCAGCAACAGGCCCAAAAAAGUGCUAAGAAGUGGCAAGAGAGAAAGCAUUAUGAGAAGAAGGGUCAAAAUGAGAAGCAGAAAACUCGCAAGGACAACAUUACACAACGUUUGGAAUCUAUCAAGGAAAGAAAAAUCGCCAAGAGAGAGAAGAAACUCAUGAGACCCGGGUUCGAAGGAAGGAAAGCGGGUUUCAUUAAUUCUUAGUUUCGGUCACACUCAAAUCACUCCCAAUUUCCCUCUGGAUCCUAGAAGGGAAUUUGGCUAAGCUGCAUGCAAAUAGGUGGCCUAGUUUCCCCUGGGAGGAAAUUGUGUCACGAGCGCUUGGUUGAGUCGUGGAGCAGAACUUGUUGAGCAAAUCAAGCCUUGGCACCCGCCAAGGUGAACAGCAGACUCCCCUGUACAAUAUCAUUUUUUUUGGAGUUGUAACGUAUGUUCACAUAGAGGUGGUCACAGCACCUUUUCCAUCAUGAGACGUCUCCUAGUCAACAAUUUCUGGUCCGAAUCAAAGAAAUGUCAAGAUCUUAAACCGAUUCAAUUUACGCUUGUUCGAUUUGUGUAUCUCAUAUCAGGCGGUAUGAUAAAGGGCUCUCUGGUUUUG